GCUUCCGUAGCCGAGCAGCACGUGACCCGGAAGUAGGGCAGUGUUGUCUCCAACAGAAACAGGGCCGAGUCUGUUCGCGGGUGUUUCUCCGGUGAGGACUCACCGACAACAUUUCACGGUCCCACGCGGCGCAGAGCGGAGGCAAGACACCGGACAGCGUCACUAGUUUGCGAUUAAAAAGCACAACAAUGCGCACGAGCCGCCGUUUCCCGCUCCCCGCGCCGACCUGCCUGCUGAUGUGCGUCACUCUGUGGAGCUACCUGAGCGACGGGCUGUUCGCCCAGCCGAACCGCCGGCCGAACAUCGUCUUCAUCCUCACCGACGACCUGGACGUCGCUAUCGGGGGUCUGAGUCCACUCAGCAAGACGAAAAAACUCAUCGGUGAUGCAGGAAUAUCCUUCACAAACGCAUUUGUGGCGAGCCCGCUGUGCUGCCCCAGCCGAGCCAGCAUCCUGACGGGGAAAUACCCCCACAACCACCACGUCAUCAACAACACGUUGGAGGGAAACUGCAGCAGCAAGGCCUGGCAGAAGAGCGAGGAAGCCCACGCCUUCCCCGCUCUGCUGAAGACCCUCGCCGGGUACCAGACCUUCUUCGCUGGGAAAUACCUGAACCAGUACGGACACUCGGAGGCUGGUGGAGUGGAGCAUGUUCCUCCAGGCUGGAGCUACUGGGUUGGACUGGAGAAGAACUCUAAAUAUUACAACUACACUCUGUCAGUGAACGGAAAGCCUCAGAAACAUGGAGCCGACUACAGUAAAGACUACCUGACAGACAAACUGGCCAACAUGUCUCUGGAGUUCCUCCAGUAUAAAUCCAACUACCAGCCGUUCUUCAUGAUGGUGUCCACGCCGGCCCCCCACUCCCCGUGGACGGCGGCUCCUCAGUACCAGGACAGCUUCAACAACACCAAGGCUCCCAGAGACCCCAACUUCAACAUCCACGGGAAGGACAAACACUGGUUGAUCCGACAGGCUAAAACCCCGAUGACCAACUCCUCUGUUCAGUUCCUGGAUGAUGCUUUCAGGAAACGGUGGAGAACUCUGCUGUCAGUGGACGACCUGGUGGAGAAAAUAGUGAAGAGCCUGGAGGUCAGAGGUGAACUGGACAAUACGUACGUCUUCUUUACCUCCGACAACGGCUACCACACAGGUCAGUUCUCUCUUCCUCUGGAUAAAAGGCAACUCUACGAGUUCGACAUCAGAGUUCCUCUCAUGGUCCGAGGACCGAAUAUUAAACCCAACCAGACCAGCCAGAUGCUGGUGGCGAACGUCGACCUCGGUCCGACCAUGUUGGACAUCGCCGGCAUCAACGUCAACAAGACGCAGAUGGACGGGAUGUCCUUCCUGCCCGUGAUGGAGGGGAAGAUGAACAGCAGCAGCUGGAGAACAGACAUCCUGGUGGAGUACGAAGGAGAAGGAAGCAACGUGUCGGACCCCGCCUGCCCUCUGCUGGGACCAGGAGUGUCGGAGUGUUUCCCAGACUGUGUGUGUGAGGACUCUUACAACAACACCUACGCCUGCGUGCGCACCGUCGCCCCCUCUGCCAACCUGCAGUACUGCGAGUUCGACGAUAACGAGGUGUUUGUCGAAGUGUACAACGUGACAUCGGACCCCUACCAGCUGACCAACAUCGCAAAGACCAUCGACCAGGAAGUUCUGGAGAAGAUGAACCAUCGGCUGAUGAUGCUGCAGUCCUGCUCCGGACAGUCGUGUCGGACGCCCGGCGUUUACGAUCCGAGGUAUAAAUUUGACCCUCGACAGAUGUUCAGCAGCCACAGCUGGCGGCUCAGCAGACUCCGACAGAAGAUGAAAUAGGACGAAGGAGGACGGAUGGAGGGAGGAGACGGAGGAAGAAGGGCUGUAUUGUAUUUUGUAUUCGGCCUUUCCUGCUGUUGUUGCCUUGUUUUCGGGCCUCCUGAGCCAGUCUCUGUGUAGAUGGAUGCAGAAGGGAUCACGCGGGGUCAUAUUAUGGGUUGGUUGCCGUAGAGACGGGAGGCCUCUCUGGUUGCAGAACCCACCUUUAGUCAGUAGGUGUGCAGGGAAAGCCAAAUUAUUCAAGAUGGAUUCACACUCACAACCUUUCAUUCAGUGAUUGUCUGCACGCUCACAAUCCCCGAGCCCGAUUCUCUCGGAGAAUAUCAUUAUAGCAAUAAUCAAAGCUUUCUCAUUUACUCGUCUGAACUGGUUUUUUGGUGCAUUUGGUCUGUUUCUAUGUUCGUUGCACUAAAAUUGUGGAUAUAUAAGUUUAUAACGUCGCUGUAAACUGAUUCCCAUCCAAACGAGGCAAAAAAAUGUAACCAAAUUUACAGAAAAUCUGCAGAAAAAAUGCUGAUGUGUCCUAUUAGUGUAAUGUGAAUAUCAGGAGUUUAAUCAUCGUUAAACUUGUUUUAAUCGAGGUGGAAAUGUAGUCACAUUACAAACAGCAGUUAACUUCAACAGGUUAUUACAAAAUCAAUCGAAAACUUUAAGUAAAACAUUCGUGAUCGAGUAGCUUUAGUAAUUUUAAGUUACACUUAAUUUGUAGUUUUUAAUUUGUACUCGUUACUGUAAUUAGUUAGUCUCACUAAAAAUUAACAGCAAAAACUGCUUAAUCAAAGAAUCCUAAUAUAUUAUUAUUACCAUUAUUGUUCACGUUAUUCAUUAUUUUAGAAAUUAAUCAAGUAAAAUUACAAAAAAUUUAGUGAUUCAUUUGUCACCAUCGAUACCAGAUUGAUGGUAAAUAAAUCCAGCAUAUCAGAGUUCCCGUGUGUCCUGGAAAUAAUCUGUAAUCUGAGUAAACGGGUGCGUAUUUAGUUUGAAACUGGACCUUUGUUAGGAAGAGCUGCCCGAUGUGGUAGCCGAGCAAGUCGGUGGCCUUUUCAGAGUUGAGACGUUGACGAAAACUGUCGGCAGUUCGCCACGAACGCGAGCUAAUGACGCUUUAUCAUGAACCUGCAUCCUUAAAAAGACGAGUUACAGUCAGUGAGUGUUUGUGAGCGAGGGCUGUCCUUUAUAAUCGAGAGAACCUCCUGGAAGAUGAUUUCUUAAAGAGCGCAGCAGCACAGGGAACAUCGAGGGAUCCUCUGUGUUCUCGUACACAAUAUGAUGACGACUGACUGCACCAAAAAACCUGACAGCCAGUUUAUCUUCUGCUCUAUGAAACAGAGCGAAUAUCAGUAGGAGGAGAACUGGGAGAAACAGCGCCACCUACAGCCGGUAGAGGCCCAGUGUCGACAUGAAGUAACUUAAAGGUUGAUGUUAGAAAUGUACAGUAAGGUGUCCCGAGCAUUUAGCAUCAGCUGGUUUUGGUUAAUCUUGAGGUUAUUUAUAUGCCUAAUUCAGAGAAAGCUCAAUGUCACUGUUGCAAAUGUUCAGACGUAAUAUUUCUGAAGUUCUGCUGGUGGUUUAUUUUCUGCUGCGCAGCGUUGUGUCACUGACCUCCAUCCAUGUUUGUCGCUGUGAUUCUGUUUUAAGCACAUAAAUAAUCCCACAAUCUGCAAACCGGGAGCUGAAAUAUGGCCACAGCGUCUGGUUUAAACGUCUUUUUUGUGCUUUGAAUGGAUUCAACAUCUUCAGUAACUCCCAAACCUCUCCUACAUUGUCCAGAUCAGCCAAUCAGCUGCUGAAAUAUUGAUUAUGCUAGCAUUAGGUUAGUGCUGGGGACACACACUGUACAUUUCUAACAUAAAACUUUAGCGUUCAAGUUGGCGACAAACAGACGAACAGAAAGUAAAACCUUCAUUAAACAUCUGUGAUCAAUAUUUUCUCCCACAGUCGGCAGUAUUCUGGAAAAAUGACUGAAUGAAUUCACUGAAACUGAACUUUGACGCACAGAAUCAGACUUUUACAACGUAUGCGACUCAUCAGAAAACAGUUUAAUAAAACAACUUUUGACUGAAAACAGAAUCGGGAACAUUGUAAGUGUUACAUUCACACAUUAUUCAGUGUCUCGACUGAGCGAUAAAGCACCUUUUUCAUUCACAGAUCUCAUAUUAAUCAUCACUUUUCAUCUUUUCUUCUUAUGUUUUGUAAAUUGUUUGUCAUCUUAUUGAUUCCCUAUUUGGAUUUUAAUCCGUCACGUGUUGCACAUUUCAUACCGAGUUCAUUUAAAAACAUGAAUUUGUACGUUGGAGUAUUUGACUGAUAAUUUCAUGUUUGAGGGAUUUGACUGAGCCACUGGUUCCUAAUGAGAAGAAGUCAUUUCAGAAAGACGGAAGAUAAAUCUUGCCAAAAAAAAAGAAAUCAAGUUUUAUAUCAGUUGUUUUUAGUUUUAUUGGUUGGAUGUGAGAACUUUAAAAGGCCAAAUAAAAGUUUAAUUUGAGCAGUAGAGAUGUAAUAAUGUUUAAAAUAGAGGAAUAAUCUAUAUUUGAUAGAUGUUUCAAUGCGACCUCCUUCAUACUUUAAGGGAACUAAACAUAGAUAAUGUCUUUAAUUCUUUUUGUGGCCCGGCCUUUAUGUUUCUACAGUCAGUGUUUGUUCAUUUUAAAUUUAUUCUAAUAUUAUUAUUAACAUCCAGCUGAAGAUCUGAUUCAGAGAGUUUAAAUAUUAAACAAGGUGACAUUCAGAAAGUCUCUCUGCUACGUCUGCGUGACGUCUGCUGUCAAAUCUUUUUUUAAAUUUUUGCUCGUGAGUUAUUUUCUUUCUGAUGAAACUGGUAAAUUGUGAAUCGUUGGUUUUCUGUUCGCUCGUACAGCUCGUUCUUCCUCCGUUCGACAUGAGAACAUCGAGCUCUAAAGUCAACAAACACGCUGUGAUUAGUUUCCCUCUCAAAGCCGAUCACCUCGUUCCAGUUCACUGAUGCACUUUCCAACCUGUCAGGAUGUCUUUUUGUUUUUGGAACCCGUCGUUUUAUUUUCAGAGCAGUUUUUUUGAUGAUGAUGAUGAUGAUGAUGAUGAUGAUGAUGAUGAUGAUGUAUUUUAGGCUUGUGUGUUUUUGUCCAAAUAAAUUCUCUAAAUAUCUCA